GCUUAGGGUUAAAUAAGGAUAAAGGUUACAAACAAGAAGUACGGUUUGUUGAGGGUUAUCGUUUGAGGGACUUCUGGGCAGGAUACCAAAUUACGUUGCGUUACAUAUCAAUUACAUCGCCGUACUGAGCGUAGGAUUGAAUUUCAAAAGACGGGUCAGGAGGUGAGAAAUACAGAGAUGUAGUUUCAAUAUAGGCGAUUUUCGAAGACUAAUCACUGGUCAAGCAAGUAGUUUUGAAUUAACGUUAUCUUACAAGACGUUUCGCUUCACUUUCUUCGUGUUUGACCACAGCAGAGCACAGAUAACAUAAACAUUUCAGAGAGUAAAUAUUCCAGCUCCGAGGGGGGGCGGUAAAACCAACGGCCACAUCUGAAAGAAAAGGACAAAAGGAAAACCUUGUUUAAAGAAAAUUCCUCAACACGUGUUUAAAAAGUAAUAUAUCUCUUCUACAUCAUUUUCUCUAGAUCAGUUUCAUCCUGCAAUGGUUUUAUAAUCGCCGUACCGGUGCAUAAAGCAGAUUAAAAACAUUGUACCGAACAUUCCGGAGAAUCAAGCAUAAAUGGCGCUCGUCGUCGCGACGGUGCUAUAGCGCGGGAACUUUAACAUGCUUUGAGGAAAAAUAGUUACUCUUCCGCGAUCCGAUCAGCAUUUAGCUUGCAAUGCCAACAAUAAAUUGAAAAUGAACGACAAUUCAGCCUGUGCAGUAGGACGGCGGCUCUUUUUAAACACAGUAAAUUUCCAGAGUCGCUCGACAUGACCAAAAUUAAACCUUCGCUAUACGAAACCACAGACUUUGAUUUGAACUACACUUUCACGACUUUGUAACAUAACCUUUCCUGGCAAAAUGCCUGCUACUCACCGUUGUUGCUCGCUUAUUCAAAGAUCAGCACCUCCGUCGUAGAAACUGAAACACAACAACAGAACAGUCUCACUGUAAUGGUCAAAUAUUAAACAUGUUUUUAACCUCUCUCGCAGUGCAUUCUGGGAAAUCCGUGUUCAACUCGUGCGGGACACAUUACAUCCUGGCAAUAACAACACAAUUUAGAAGUCUCCAGCAAGGCAAAAAUCACAGCCAAAAACUUCGUUGGCCCUCUUUUCUUAUGUCCAAACGAACCAAUUUGCCCCUUAUUACCUGCUGGAGACUUCUUCACGGUGUGCAGAGCUGGGCAGAGACGUUAUACACCAUCCACCGGAUGGUCUCUCGGAUUGUGCCCGAAGCUCGGUUCUUUGAGCAACGAGCGCCCAUUUAAGCCUUCCCGGACUUAAUGAUGUCCCAGGCACUUUGCAAACCGUGGAAAUAGAAUUUCUUGCCAAACUCGGCUCAUAUUAGUCCCCGUUUCGCACACGCCCGAUUAAAACCUCUCCACUCACGAAGAGAGCCGUUGAAAGGAGAAAGAUACCGCGCAAACUCGAACCUUUCAAAACUAGAACCGGUUCCCCUCGGACGAAAAAAAAAAAAAACGGAAGUCCUUCCUAACGCGAGUGAAAAGAAAAAACAAGAAAUAAAAUAAAAAAUAAACUUACUUCUGUUGACUUCCACGCUGCUCCUCCCUGGUUUUCUUUAAUGAAAAAUAUCUAUGAUAAAAAUGGCAUUUCAUAAAAUUAAUUUACAUAUAUAAUAUACACCGUAAUUUUUAGGGAGUUAUUAUAACUCCAAAAAUGGAGUAAAAAUUUUAGGUACAGGAUAACCCCUUUUUGGGGUUAUUUUAACUCCUAAUUUAACUCCGAAUUUGGGGUCAUUUUUACUCCUGAAAAGAGUUCUUUUUACUCCCAGUCUUGGAGUUAAAAUUACUCCGAAAUGGGGUUACUUGUACUCCUUACAGGGGUUGUUUUUACUCUUUUGGAGUUAAUUUGACUCUGAAAGUGGAGUAAAAAUUUUAGGUACAGGAUAACUCCUUUUUGGGGUUAUUUUAACUCCUCAAUAUCUGGGGUCACUUUUACUCCUGAAAAGAGUUCUUUAAACUCCUUUUGGAGUUAAAAUAACUCCACGAAAAAUAACUCCACUGUCAGGAGUUAAAUUAGCCCCACUAGAGGAGUUAUUAUAACUCCCUGAAAAUUACAGUGUAUAGUUUUCACUAAGACUUUAAUUGCCCCCAAUAUAACAAAAACAAUCCAAAUCAGUAUUUUAUUUCAUCUGAAAAAUACUGUACAGUGAAACAUGCACGUGUCAAUCAUUAUUGUGUCAGGUUAGUGACACAGAGGAGAGGCACAGAUAAAAACCAGAAUUCUUCAGGCUAAGAUUUUGAAAGAACCUGAUGAAGUACAAAUGUUAAAACAGAUCGCUAUGGAGUUCUUAAAGUCAACUAAUCAUUCUAAUGGCAAAAAAAAAAAGUUUCUAUUGGCCUAAAUUGCAGUCAUUUAGACAUAACAACAUUCAUAUUUUGUACAAACAUUUAAAACCACCAACAUUCUUCCAAAAAGUCUUUUUUUCCUUAAGAAAAUAAGAACCUCGAAUGUUUGAGAACCUAAACAGCUUAAUUUCCAAGAAACAGAAAAUUUAUAAGAGCCUUUUGAGGCUAACUUCGAAAAGCACCUAUUACUUAGUUUUUACUGUAUACUACUAAAUGUAAGAGCAGGGGGUAGGGGAGAAGAGGGAAGAAGAGUUAGGGUUAGGGUUAAGGUUAAGGUUGGGGUUAGGGUUAGGUUAGGGUAAGGACUAGGGAUAGGGUUAGGGUUAGAAAUCAGAUUAGGUCGAGGUUGGGGUUAGGGUUAGGAAUAGGCUAGGGUUAAGUUGGAGGGUUAGGGUUAGACGAGCAGUCUCAACUGAUUUCAAUGGUCAUAACACAUGAGUUGAUCGACUGAGUUAAACGUUUGCCUUGUCAGGAAAAGGGUGUUACGUUAAGCUGGUUAGGGUGAUAGCUAAAGUUGAGCUAAGGCUUAGGGUUAAAUAAGGAUAAAGGUUACAAACAAGAAGUACGGUUUGUUGAGGGUUAUCGUUUGAGGGACUUCUGGGCAGGAUACCAAAUUACGUUGCGUUACAUAUCAAUUACAUCGCCGUACUGAGCGUAGGAUUGAAUUUCAAAAGACGGGUCAGGAGGUGAGAAAUACAGAGAUGUAGUUUCAAUAUAGGCGAUUUUCGAAGACUAAUCACUGGUCAAGCAAGUAGUUUUGAAUUAACGUUAUCUUACAAGACGUUUCGCUUCACUUUCUUCGUGUUUGACCACAGCAGAGCACAGAUAACAUAAACAUUUCAGAGAGUAAAUAUUCCAGCUCCGAGGGGGCGGGUAAAACCAACGGCCACAUCUGAAAGAAAAGGACAAAAGGAAAACCUUGUUUAAAGAAAAUUCCUCAACACGUGUUUAAAAAGUAAUAUAUCUCUUCUACAUCAUUUUCUCUAGAUCAGUUUCAUCCUGCAAUGGUUUUAUAAUCGCCGUACCGGUGCAUAAAGCAGAUUAAAAACAUUGUACCGAACAUUCCGGAGAAUCAAGCAUAAAUGGCGCUCGUCGUCGCGACGGUGCUAUAGCGCGGGAACUUUAACAUGCUUUGAGGAAAAAUAGUUACUCUUCCGCGAUCCGAUCAGCAUUUAGCUUGCAAUGCCAACAAUAAAUUGAAAAUGAACGACAAUUCAGCCUGUGCAGUAGGACGGCGGCUCUUUUUAAACACAGUAAAUUUCCAGAGUCGCUCGACAUGACCAAAAUUAAACCUUCGCUAUACGAAACCACAGACUUUGAUUUGAACUACACUUUCACGACUUUGUAACAUAACCUUUCCUGGCAAAAUGCCUGCUACUCACCGUUGUUGCUCGCUUAUUCAAAGAUCAGCACCUCCGUCGUAGAAACUGAAACACAACAACAGAACAGUCUCACUGUAAUGGUCAAAUAUUAAACAUGUUUUUAACCUCUCUCGCAGUGCAUUCUGGGAAAUCCGUGUUCAACUCGUGCGGGACACAUUACAUCCUGGCAAUAACAACACAAUUUAGAAGUCUCCAGCAAGGCAAAAAUCACAGCCAAAAACUUCGUUGGCCCUCUUUUCUUAUGUCCAAACGAACCAAUUUGCCCCUUAUUACCUGCUGGAGACUUCUUCACGGUGUGCAGAGCUGGGCAGAGACGUUAUACACCAUCCACCGGAUGGUCUCUCGGAUUGUGCCCGAAGCUCGGUUCUUUGAGCAACGAGCGCCCAUUUAAGCCUUCCCGGACUUAAUGAUGUCCCAGGCACUUUGCAAACCGUGGAAAUAGAAUUUCUUGCCAAACUCGGCUCAUAUUAGUCCCCGUUUCGCACACGCUCCGAUUAAAACCUCUCCACUCACGAAGAGAGCCGUUGAAAGGAGAAAGAUACCGCGCAAACUCGAACCUUUCAAAACUAGAACCGGUUCCCCUCGGACGAAAAAAAAACCGGAAGUCCUUCCUAACGCGAGUGAAAAGAAAACAAGAAAUAAAAUAAAAAAUAAACUUACUUCUGUUGACUUCCACGCUGCUCCUCCCUGGUUUUCUUUAAUGAAAAAUAUCUAUGAUAAAAAAUGGCAUUUCAUAAAAUUAAUUUACAUAUAUAAUAUACACCGUAAUUUUUAGGGAGUUAUUAUAACUCCAAAAAUGGAGUAAAAAUUUUAGGUACAGGAUAACCCCUUUUUUGGGGUUAUUUUAACUCUAAUUUAACUCCGAAUUUGGGGUCAUUUUUACUCCUGAAAAGAGUUCUUUUACUCCCAGUCUUGGAGUUAAAAUUACUCCGAAAUGGGGUUACUUGUACUCCUUACAGGGGUUGUUUUACUCUUUUUGGAGUUAAUUUGACUCUGAAAGUGGAGUAAAAAUUUUAGGUACAGGAUAACUCCUUUUUUGGGGUUAUUUUAACUCCUCAAUAUCUGGGGUCACUUUUACUCCUGAAAAAGAGUUCUUUAAACUCCUUUUUGGAGUUAAAAUAACUCCACGAAAAAUAACUCCACUGUCAGGAGUUAAAUUAGCCCCACUAGAGGAGUUAUUAUAACUCCCUGAAAAUUACAGUGUAUAGUUUUCACUAAGACUUUAAUUGCCCCCAAUAUAACAAAAACAAUCCAAAUCAGUAUUUUAUUUCAUCUGAAAAAUACUGUACAGUGAAACAUGCACGUGUCAAUCAUUAUUGUGUCAGGUUAGUGACACAGAGGAGAGGCACAGAUAAAAACCAGAAUUCUUCAGGCUAAGAUUUUGAAAGAACCUGAUGAAGUACAAAUGUUAAAACAGAUCGCUAUGGAGUUCUUAAAGUCAACUAAUCAUUCUAAUGGCAAAAAAAAGUUUCUAUUGGCCUAAAUUGCAGUCAUUUAGACAUAACAACAUUCAUAUUUUGUACAAACAUUUAAAACCACCAACAUUCUUCCAAAAAGUCUUUUUUCCUUAAGAAAAUAAGAACCUCGAAUGUUUGAGAACCUAAACAGCUUAAUUUCCAAGAAACAGAAAAUUUAUAAGAGCCUUUUGAGGCUAACUUCGAAAAGCACCUAUUACUUAGUUUUUACUGUAUACUACUAAAUGUAAGAGCAGGGGGGUAGGGGGAGAAGAGGGAAGAAGAGUUAGGGUUAGGGUUAAGGUUAAGGUUGGGGUUAGGGUUAGGUUAGGGUAAGGACUAGGGAUAGGGUUAGGGUUAGAAAUCAGAUUAGGUCGAGGUUGGGGUUAGGGUUAGGAAUAGGCUAGGGUUAAGUUGGAGGGUUAGGGUUAGACGAGCAGUCUCAACUGAUUUCAAUGGUCAUAACACAUGAGUUGAUCGACUGAGUUAAACGUUUGCCUUGUCAGGAAAAGGGUGUUACGUUAAGCUGGUUAGGGUGAUAGCUAAAGUUGAGCUAAGGCUUAGGGUUAAAUAAGGAUAAAGGUUACAAACAAGAAGUACGGUUUGUUGAGGGUUAUCGUUUGAGGGACUUCUGGGCAGGAUACCAAAUUACGUUGCGUUACAUAUCAAUUACAUCGCCGUACUGAGCGUAGGAUUGAAUUUCAAAAGACGGGUCAGGAGGUGAGAAAUACAGAGAUGUAGUUUCAAUAUAGGCGAUUUUCGAAGACUAAUCACUGGUCAAGCAAGUAGUUUUGAAUUAACGUUAUCUUACAAGACGUUUCGCUUCACUUUCUUCGUGUUUGACCACAGCAGAGCACAGAUAACAUAAACAUUUCAGAGAGUAAAUAUUCCAGCUCCGAGGGGGCGGGUAAAACCAACGGCCACAUCUGAAAGAAAAGGACAAAAGGAAAACCUUGUUUAAAGAAAAUUCCUCAACACGUGUUUAAAAAAAGUAAUAUAUCUCUUCUACAUCAUUUUCUCUAGAUCAGUUUCAUCCUGCAAUGGUUUUAUAAUCGCCGUACCGGUGCAUAAAGCAGAUUAAAAACAUUGUACCGAACAUUCCGGAGAAUCAAGCAUAAAUGGCGCUCGUCGUCGCGACGGUGCUAUAGCGCGGGAACUUUAACAUGCUUUGAGGAAAAAUAGUUACUCUUCCGCGAUCCGAUCAGCAUUUAGCUUGCAAUGCCAACAAUAAAUUGAAAAUGAACGACAAUUCAGCCUGUGCAGUAGGACGGCGGCUCUUUUUAAACACAGUAAAUUUCCAGAGUCGCUCGACAUGACCAAAAUUAAACCUUCGCUAUACGAAACCACAGACUUUGAUUUGAACUACACUUUCACGACUUUGUAACAUAACCUUUCCUGGCAAAAUGCCUGCUACUCACCGUUGUUGCUCGCUUAUUCAAAGAUCAGCACCUCCGUCGUAGAAACUGAAACACAACAACAGAACAGUCUCACUGUAAUGGUCAAAUAUUAAACAUGUUUUUAACCUCUCUCAGUGCAUUCUGGGAAAUCCGUGUUCAACUCGUGCGGGACACAUUACAUCCUGGCAAUAACAACACAAUUUAGAAGUCUCCAGCAAGGCAAAAAUCACAGCCAAAAACUUCGUUGGCCCUCUUUUCUUAUGUCCAAACGAACCAAUUUGCCCCUUAUUACCUGCUGGAGACUUCUUCACGGUGUGCAGAGCUGGGCAGAGACGUUAUACACCAUCCACCGGAUGGUCUCUCGGAUUGUGCCCGAAGCUCGGUUCUUUGAGCAACGAGCGCCCAUUUAAGCCUUCCCGGACUUAAUGAUGUCCCAGGCACUUUGCAAACCGUGGAAAUAGAAUUUCUUGCCAAACUCGGCUCAUAUUAGUCCCCGUUUCGCACACGCUCCGAUUAAAACCUCUCCACUCACGAAGAGAGCCGUUGAAAGGAGAAAGAUACCGCGCAAACUCGAACCUUUCAAAACUAGAACCGGUUCCCCUCGGACGAAAAAAAAACCGGAAGUCCUUCCUAACGCGAGUGAAAAGAAAACAAGAAAUAAAAUAAAAAAUAAACUUACUUCUGUUGACUUCCACGCUGCUCCUCCCUGGUUUUCUUUAAUGAAAAAUAUCUAUGAUAAAAAAUGGCAUUUCAUAAAAUUAAUUUACAUAUAUAAUAUACACCGUAAUUUUUAGGGAGUUAUUAUAACUCCAAAAAUGGAGUAAAAAUUUUAGGUACAGGAUAACCCCUUUUUUGGGGUUAUUUUAACUCCUAAUUUAACUCCGAAUUUGGGGUCAUUUUUACUCCUGAAAAAGAGUUCUUUUUACUCCCAGUCUUGGAGUUAAAAUUACUCCGAAAUGGGGUUACUUGUACUCCUUACAGGGGUUGUUUUUACUCUUUUUGGAGUUAAUUUGACUCUGAAAGUGGAGUAAAAAUUUUAGGUACAGGAUAACUCCUUUUUUGGGGUUAUUUUAACUCCUCAAUAUCUGGGGUCACUUUUACUCCUGAAAAAGAGUUCUUUAAACUCCUUUUUGGAGUUAAAAUAACUCCACGAAAAAUAACUCCACUGUCAGGAGUUAAAUUAGCCCCACUAGAGGAGUUAUUAUAACUCCCUGAAAAUUACAGUGUAGGCAAUAGGAAAGUCUCCUACUCCAGGUUAAGAGAAUUAUUUAAGGAAUCUUUGACCAAACUAGGCUAUGACCAAAGUUUGUAUGGGCUUCACAGUUUCCGUUCUGGGGGUGCUACUUCCCUCGCUCAUACUCUGGAAAAUAAUCCCUCCAAGGAGAGGCUGCUUAAAUUACACGGUCGCUGGAAAACGGAUCUGGCGAAGGAUAUGUACAUCAAAGAAUCAGUAGACCAAAGAUUAAGUUUUGUUAAGAAUCUAGGCCUAUAA